AUGUUUUGGCCCACCGCCAUGCGCACGACCAGCGGCCAUGUCGCGCCACGUCCGCCGACAUUGCUAAACCCAAGUAGUGCAGCUGCUGCAGCUGCUCUGACGGCGCUGCCCGCCGUUGCAACUGCAAAGGAGGUGUUUGCCAAGGCCUCGACACGGGCGCCAACGCCGUUCAACACAGCCGCCGACGGCGGUGGGGCGAUUUACUCGACUACACUGGAGGCCUACACCGUCCUGCUACACACAGCUCGAAUACAGGCGGUGACACGUGGUGCUGGCCAGCACAACGCCUUUGCCGGCAGCGAGUCUGCCAAACAACAGAGCAGCCGGCUCGUGCUGUACUGCGGUGAUCAGUGCGACGCGCUGCUUGUGCGGGCAGCGCAGCUGCUCAGCAUCCCAUAUGUGCGUGUCACUCAAACGGUUGCGAUGGGGCGAGAUUUGCCGCUGCCCGCAGCGCACUCGACGAACACCGCCGCUGCCGGUGACGUGUCGUGCAGGGUCUACAAUUACGCGGUGGACGUGCGCGAGCUGCAGUCCCGCCUCGUGGAGGACGUUGCAGCGGGCUUGUACCCUCUCAUGGUCGUCGGCACGUUUGGCUCUGGCCUCAGUGGCUCCGUAGAUCCGCUGCUCCUCAUGGGUGAGCUCUGCCAGCGACUCGGCGUGUGGUUCCACAUUGACGCGAGCCACGGCGGUGCCGCUCUGCUCGCGGGCCCGGCGGGGAGCGUCGCGCCGCCCGCGCUGCCGCAGCGUGACGCGAUUUUUGCACAAUUCUAUGCCGCGGCUUCGCUGGCCGACUCCGUCCUGGUGCCGACUGGCUUGUCGACUGCCGUGCCGUACGCGGCGCUGCCCGUCUCUCCAGCGAGCUGCUUCGCCACCGCUGGUUCCGUGGCACUUUUCUUUGCGCAUAUUCGCAAGGCUGCCUGGUCCGUCCAAGCCCUCGGGGAGGCACGGCAGUGCACCUUCAACCAGUGGAUCACCCCAGGUGUGGUGGAGACCGACGUCCUGCAUGUGUCGCCGCCGUCGCACAUGGAGGCGUGGCUGUUCGAGCAGCACGUGACGGGUGCGCUGGCGACGAUGUGGUCAUGCUGCCCAAAACCACGCGCACAGCUUCAGCCUGUGCCAGCGGCGCCGUUGGCGCUUGCGGAGCGUGUUAGCGCACACCAGCAGUUUGUGCGUGCGGUGCUGCAGGCCCUUCGCGGCGACGGCCGCUUCGACGCCUCGAUAGACGCCGCCACCUUUGGCAUCGUGUGCCUGCGGUGGCUUACGGCGGCGGACGAGGCCACUGUGCGGCUCGCACGCGCCUGGGCCGAGGUUCUCGCGGAGGCCCACGACACGCCUACCACGCUGCAGGGCAAAUAUGCGGCGUCAGCGCCCGCGCAUCAGUCAGGUUCCCACUGCACACCCAACGCCGGCGGACCGUCUGCAAUGGAUGGUGAGGAGGGUGGACGCACCGUACCACCGGUGCAGGUGUUCGUGGGGCUGGUGCAGCUACAACGGCGCGUUUGGGUCCAUGCCUCGUUCGGACCUCUCCUCGACGUGCCUGAGGAGGAGCCGGCGAGCUUGGUGGCGGAUGGAAAGGGUGCUGCCAGUGAUACUGUACAAGGGGAACCGGCGACUGCCACGAGGAUGCGUGCGGUAACCUACGUGCAGCACACCUUGAGCAAAGCUGUCUCGCUCGCGCGCACCGGCUACGCUGCCGACCGCCUGUCAGAGGAGUAG